CACUUCCGAGGUGUCGCGCGGUUUGAACGCGGAAUUUUCCCACCCUCCUCUUUUGUGAAGAUAUUCAAAAAAAUUGAUUAACUGUGUCAAUUUUCUCGUGAAAGUGUAACGAAGCAAAUAAUAAGAAGGAAAAGGAAGUCUUAAAUCAAGCAGAUCCGGAAAUCAAAGAAGAAACAACCAAGAAGCUAAAAAAUUAAAAUUUAUGAAUCAACUAACACGCUGGGCGUGGGUGGGUGAACGUGAGUGAGGACCCCUCCAGGGAGGGGGAAGUGAAUAAAUAAAAUCAAUCUUCUCGUGGAGGCAAGUGGAACGAGAGCAGUGAUAAUAAUGGCGUGUUUCGCGAAAUUUUUCUCCCGAAAGCACGGUUCAUUUAACCUGCCCGACGCCACCGGUGGAAAUGACGGCAUUGUGCCCGUCCGGAUAAGCACCACCGUAUACGAUCGCGAAUUCAACCCGAUACGCUAUGGAUCCACAGCACCCAACGGGAAGCUAUCACCUAAGGGAACCCGCGAAUCUGGCCUUGGCAGCUUGGACGAACAGAACACCACCUCCAACGAAUCCUCCUCGACGUACGAAUCCAGCACAACGAAACCAAGCCUCGCUCCACAACCUCAGUUCACCCGCAAAGUGGCACCCACGGUCAAAAGCAGUCCUCCCCCCAAGGAUCGGAUAAGCGCCAGCUCGACGGAGUACGUGAACGUCAACCAGGAACUGCUAAAGGAGAUCCAGCAAACGAAGAUACUCUUGCAGCUGGCACUGGAAUCCAAGCUGAGGAGUGAGCCCAACAACGAGGACAAGGUCCAUCUGGUCAAGCUGAGGCAGGAGAUCAAAGAACUACAGAACAGGAUCAGCCAGACGGAGGUCAUUCGGGCGAUCCAGGAACCGAUCGUGCAACGACAGAAGGUCCAGCAGACCAGUUCGAAUCUCGUCCCGCAGCCAAAGUCCGUCCACCAGCGAAAGAAGGCUCCACUGAAGCCGCUGCAGUCGGAGACCUCGGACGAUUACGACACGAUAACGCUGUCCAGGCUGGUAGAGGAGUCCGUCCCGGAGGUGUUUACCUCGGAGGAAGACGAACCGGAUCCACCAAAGCUGCCUCCGCCACGGAUCAGCGUGAGCAGACUUAACAACAGUGAUGACCACGGUGAUGACGAUACCUCGCAGGACGAGGAACCAACACCACCGAAGUUACCCCCACCCAGGACACUUCCCGAGAUCAACGGCAUGAUCAGCCGAGCGGAGCACAUCCAAGUGAGCCAUGAAACGAUAAAGACGAUCCCAGAACCCACGGUUCCACCACCAAGUCGCGAUCCUCCACCAACCCCAAUCGAGGAACCUUCCCCCAGCAAGUUCCCCCAACAACGAGAAUCCCAAGACUCGAACCCACCACCCAAGAUCGAAGAACUCAACAACAGCCGGUCGGGAAUUCUGAAGAAGGCUCGCAAAGAGGGCGUCGUCUCGGACAAGCCCGAGCCGAAAACGUCCCGCGAAAUCGUGAUCCCAAGCCAUCCAAAAACGCGCGAAGCCGAACUGCUCAUCAAGAAGGCGAUCACAGUGAACGAGUUCCUGAACAACCUCAUGGACGAGGAGCGCCUCAAAGCCGUAACAGACGCGAUGAGUCCGAUGGUAUUUCCAUCCAACAGCUACAUCAUCAAGGAGGGUGACAUCGGGGCGCACUUCUUCGUGUCUGCCGAGGGGACGUACGAAGUGGUGGUCGAGAACAAGGUCAUCAAGUCCUUUGGUCGCGGCGUGGUCUUUGGCGAGCUGGCCAUCCUGUACAAGGCGAAACGGUUCGCGUCGAUUCGGGUGACCACCGAAGCGAAGGUGUGGAUGCUGGAGCGCAAGAUCUUCCAGAAGAUCAUGAUGAAGAGCGGGAGGAAGGAGCGCGAGGAAAACGUCAAGUUCCUCAGUACGGUGUCGAUCCUGCGGGAUCUCCAGAUCGAGAAGCUGCACAAGAUCUCCGACUUGCUGAAGCGGGAAUUCUACGCAACCGGAUCGACGAUCAUUCAGCAGGGAGAUCCGGGCGACAAGUUCUACAUCAUCCGCGGGGGUAGUGUGAACGUGAUCAAGACGGAUCGCAGCGGGACGGAUAAGCUGGUGGGGACGCUGCAGAGGGGGGCGUACUUUGGAGAGCAGGCGUUGCUGCACGAGGAUCGCCGGUUGGCGAGCAUCGUGGCGAAUCCACCCGGGACGGAGUGCUUGACGCUGAAUCGAAUCGCAUUCAACGAGUUCCUCGGCGGCCUGGAGCAGCUCCGUGAGAUAGUACUAUCGGACGAUAUUCCACGAACGUCCAGCAGUCGGAAAACUGUCUCCGAGUACGACCACAUCCAGCUGCACGACCUCACCUACAUCGGCACGCUCGGCAUCGGGGGGUUUGGCCGCGUCGAGCUGGUCCAGUGCCAGGACCGGAAAACGUUCGCCCUCAAAUACCUCAAGAAGAUUGAGAUGGUUCGACAGCAGCAGCAGGAGCACGCCUACAGCGAGAAGGACAUCAUGCUGAGCUGUAACAGCCCGUUUAUCGUGAGACUGUACAAAACGUACCGCGACAAGAAGUACCUGUACUUCCUGAUGGAGGCCUGCCUCGGCGGGGACGUGUGGACCAUCCUGCAGAAGAGCAAGUACUUUGACGAGCGGACGGCCCGCUUCAUGACGGGGUGCGUUGUCGAGGCGUUCGAGUAUCUGCACAGCCGUAACAUGAUCUACCGGGACCUGAAGCCGGAGAACCUGAUGCUGGACGAGCGGGGCUACAUCAAGCUGGUUGACUUUGGCUUUGCCAAGCGCAUCGGGGCGAACCAGAAGACGUGGACCUUUGCCGGGACGCCCGAGUACGUGGCGCCGGAGAUCAUCCUGAACAAGGGCCACGACCGGGCCGUCGACUAUUGGGCUCUGGGCGUGUUUAUCCACGAGUUGCUGGUGGGGAAGCCACCCUUUCGGGGGAAAAACCACAUGAAAACGUACAACGCCAUCCUGCGGGGGAUUGACAUUAUUGAGCUGCCCUCGCGGAUCCCCAAAAAGGCCCAGGUGCUGAUCAAGCGUCUUUGCCGGCAGAUUCCGGCUGAGCGGCUCGGAUACGGCAAGAACGGGAUCGCCGAUAUUAAAAACAACGCUUGGUUCUCCGGUUUCGAGUGGCAACGGCUAAAGGAGCGCACCCUGGUCGCCCCCCUCAUCCGGCCCAUCCAAUCCGACACGGAUCUGUCCAACUUUGACGAGUACCCCAAGGAUCAGGACGAACCGCCAGAUGAGACCUCCGGCUGGGACAUCAAUUUUUAACCGUCAUCAUACGUGUGUCUGUGUGUGUGCUGCAAUCGAUAUU